AGGCGCGUACAUGAAAUAUAUUCCACACAUUAGUGGCAUGUUGUUAAACUAUUAAUAACAGCACCCGAAAUAAAUAUCAUGUCUUGCAGUUGGAUUAACCUCUGAAGGGGAGAAUGUAAACAAAAGCCAGAGUGUUCUCUAAUGAUGGAAGCGAUACGGUGCAGUGUGGAGUAUUUGAGCGAGUUCGGUGACUGUCAAUCACACUCGGUGCGGAUCAUUCAGGACGACACGAGCCUCUUCUUGACCGGAGGAGACAGCAAUGUGCUGAUAUUCAAUGUUCAGGAAAGGAAAGUCACGACUGUGCUGAAGUUUGAAACUCCAGUGAAGUAUUUGGCAGUGAAUGCUGAAAAAUAUGGACUCUAUGCUUUUUGUGAAAAUGGUGGGCUUUACUAUAUUCCUCUGCCACCACAUCCCAGUUCCUCUACUUUCCCAGGAAACAAAAGUCCUGAUCCUGUUCUGUACACUGUAUCAGAUGAUUCCAUCGUCCUCAAAAACUCCAGCCUGCAAGCAUUCACCAUAGUCGAGAAAAUCCUUGUGACUCUUGGUUUCCACAAGUCCAUCUGGAGUUUUGAUCUCUUUGAAGAACCUGAAUCCAAACCGCUUAAUAAACUUGCAAGCUUCCAGGUCACAGCUGUAAACACCUGCUCUUUAAACACCAUUGAAGAUGUAAUAAACAUACCAGACAAAGAAAAACAUCUGAGCUCACCUCCAGUACUGGCUUGCAUCUACCCUCAGGGCUCCACGUCACUCAGAACUCACAAUUCUCACAUCCAACCUCAUCUUGAGCCUCGCCUUUUUAGGCUCAUGUUUGGGGUGGACGCCUCCUUAGUCAACUCUCCAGUCAUUCUCUGUGGUUUACCUGAUGGUCGUAUUUGCUUUUUUCCUUUGUUCCUCCCCCAAAUGGCUGGUCCAAGAGGUGAGCAGAGAUCACCAUUCAGAGUGCUCCAGAGCUUAGAGCAGCCCAUCAUAUUUAUUGGAAGCUGCGUCUCUGGGGAGCAAGGUCCUCAGUGUCUUGUUGCCGUUGGUCUAAAGGGCAAACUUCUGUUGGUCAGAAGCAAGAAAGAAACAUCAGAAGGGAAGGAGGCAGAUUAUAGCUUCAAUGAGCACAGUAUACGAGGGCCAGUGAUGUGUGCCUGUGUUGAUGAUAAACACCUUUACUACAGCUCUCUCAAUGACCUACACGCUCUUCAGCUUACCAAAACAUCUUCGUCAUCAGAAGCAACUGAGUCCCAUCUGCCAGCUAUGAACUCAGACAGUCUUGGUAUAUGCAGGAUAGUAGCUCUGGCUGGGCCACAUACUAAUCCCACAGGAUCUGUUCAUCUGUUGGCCUUAUCCUCAAGUGGAAGGCUCCUGCAGGUGAACCUUCCUCAAGGUGCAGAUACAGGAAAUAUGUCCAGGUUACCCUCAUUUCAAGCAGGCCAGAGAUUGAAAGAUCUACUGGCUUCCAUUGGAAAUGUUUGGGAGAAGGCAGAAUCCUUGAAACUCAAGCUUCAGGAUAAGAACGAGUGUCUCAAGCGUCUGAAUCAAGUCAUGAAUGUCUGCAGCGUACUGUUGGACAAUGGUGGGAAUGAAAAGCAAUUUAGUAUGGGCAAGCAACCAAUCAGUUGUCAUUGUGUGGCUAGUUGGAGCUCAAUGCUCCUAAGAGACUAUUUGACUCUCAGAUGUGUACUAGAAAAUGCAAGUGCAUAUACAUUGGAACAGGGCUGGACUUUGUCCAUUCAGGUCCAUCCAUUAUCCCAUUCACAGUGCGCAAAUAUGGAGAGCUCAUCUAGGACUUACUCCUUCCCAUUCAAGAAACUGGAUUCUGGUCAAACACUGGAGAUAACAAUUCCUCUUGAAAGUUUUGGUGAGCUGUCUCUGCCAGCAAAGGUGUACUGUUCUCUUGUCUUCUCCCUCACAGCUUUAUUUGGCUUGGAAACAUCUUUGCACUCUAUUGGAGUGUCCCAGCUCUUAACAGGAACAGGCUCUAUCAGUGUUCCUAUGAAUACUUUAACAGUAGACUGGCUGGAUGCUUUAAGGCUUGAGGGAUCCUUUUCUCCUGGCAACACUUUGAAACACAACACUGCCAUGGAUGGCAUCCAAGCUUUCCUGAGUUCCAGAGGAGUGCUAACCCAAGAAACUUAUAUUCCUCUUAAAUUAGAACCCCUGACAGUGGAGGUCAAGGUAUCGUCAGAGCUUCUAAAGACUAAACUGCACCUAUCAGCCACCAGCAGUGCAGAAAUAUGUGUAUCUGUACUUAACUGGUUGGUAUCUAAUCCUGAUGCGAUAGGACAGACAUAUGUACAAAGCCCAGUGGUGUGUGCCUACAGCCCCGAUGGAUGCACUGUCAAGCUUCUGGCAAAGGAGGUGACAAUGGAAAACUUUAGUUCUGAAGGACCUCUAACUGUCUUGGAGAUUCGGGUGGAGAGUAUGUCUUUGGCAGCUGUGUGUGGACUGCAUCAUGCCAUUUUGAGGCGUUUACUGGUGGUGCUCGGAGAGAAAUGUGAACAUACAAAGCAGUUACAAGCCCAGAGCUUGUGUGAAACUGUACGGCAUGUUGAGUCUCUUUAUAAAGAUCUUCAGGAUGCUAAAAAUCAAGGAGCUCUUGGUGGCACAAUGAAGACGAAUAAGAUUCUGUUUCGCAUCUUUCUGCAGUUGAGGGCAAACCCACUGGUCAUUCUCUGAUUGAGUUACACUCC